AUGAAGACACUUGUCCUCCUCUCUGCCCUUGUCCUUCUGGCCUUCCUGGCCCAGGCUGAUCCUCUCCCAGAAGCAAAUGAGGGGGCUAAAAAUGAGGAGCAGUCAGGGGUAGAGGACCAGAAUAUGUCCAUCUCCUUUGGAGACCCAAAAGGCUCUGCUCUUCAAGAAGCAGCUGCAAGAAGGGUGAGAUGCUUCUGUAGAAAAAAUGCCUGCAGACGUUAUGAACAAAUCUCAGGGCUCUGCAACAAAGGUCCAGUACGCUAUGUAUUCUGCUGCCGCUGA